UUCUUCAUCAUACGUGGUCGUUUAGAGAGUGUGACCACAGAUGGUGGACGAAGUGGAUUUUUCAACAGAGGUCUUCUCAAAGAAGGUGAUUUUUGUGGAGAAGAGCUUCUGACAUGGGCACUGGACCCGAAAUCUGCAGCUAACUUGCCAUCAUCUACACGGACAGUGAAAGCUAUCAAUGAGGUGGAGGCAUUUGCUUUGGAAGCAGAGAUGUUGAAGUUUGUGGCUUCACAGUUCAGACGCCUCCAUAGCAGACAAGUUCAGCAGACCUUCCGUUUCUACUCGCAGCAAUGGAGAACAUGGGCAGCAACUUUCAUUCAGGCUGCGUGGCGCCGAUAUACCAAGAGGAAGAUGAUAGAGUCACAACUAAUAGAGGAGGAGGAGGAGGAGGAGGAGGAGGAAGAUUAUGGUUCUGAUGAUGAUGGAACAGCCUUGAUUUCACGUACUGAAAGUUCAUCAAGGACUGGACUUGGCUCAGCCAUCUAUGCUUCCCGCUUUGCUGCUAAAGCCCUUCAUGGUCAUAAGCUUCGUUCUCUCCGAAAGCCCCCAGAACCUGACUUCAGUGUUUAUGAUCAUAGCGAUUGAUUCAUUACCUGUUUAGCAGCUGAAAUGUGAGGAGUAGUUCUUGUGUGUCUGUCCUCCUGUCUUAACCUGUUCACAUGCACAGAUGAGACGAGAGUUUUUAACUAAUAUAGCGAGAGGUAAGUAUAACUUUCUUUGUUUGUGGCCUGUGGUGAUUGGAGUUUUGAUAAACCUACACCACUCUACUUUCUGUGAGCGAUUCUUGUGUACUCUAACGCUUGGGAGCUGUUUAAUUGUUCAUAGUGUGCUCCACUUGCGAGUUGUGCAUGCGAUGUUCAUUUUGAUACGUUAAAGUAUGAACUAACACAAAAUAAAAAAAAAUAAAAAUAAAAAGC